AUGUCCUCAGAUGCUCCAGCUCCAAGUACCCGGGAGGCUCUUCUCCAGUCGACCGCACAACAUCUUGGAGCCGAAGCUCUGACAACUGUCGAGGAGUCCAGUAUUUCGGAACCAGUGUCUACUGACACAGCUCCUUUCCCAUUGUCUCCUGUGUGUAUCACGCAAGAAUCAGUUCCCCGGAACCUGAAGUCUGACCCAGCCGCCAUCAUGGUUGGAUUGGAAUUUGAAAUCCCACGCUGGGAGCCUGGUUCAGUGGUUAAAUGGACUGCAUGGCAAAGGGGAUACGAUUCUCCAGCAGAUGCGACGCACGCUGCAGCACACCUUAAGCAGGCUGCUGAAGCAUGGAACAAAGCCGACGUUGGGGUAAAUUUUGAAUUUGUCCCCUUGGCGAAAGACGCAAACUUUGUGCUCACCCAUGGUGGUGAUAAGGGACGUGUUCUUGCUAGUUCCUACUUCCCAAAUCGCAAAGGCCUUAACUUCGUCUAUGUUUAUAGCCUUGCAUUUCGACCAGAUUUUAGAAACGGUCUUUGGAGGAUUUUUACGCAUGAAUUGGGACAUGUCUUGGGACUCAGACAUGAGUUUGCUAUGGACCCCAACCCUGAGCGUUUUGAAGGCAAUGCGGUACAAAUUGGCGAGGCAAAUUCACUUUCGGUAAUGAACUAUCGCGAAGAGCUACCAGAACUUCAACGGUCGGACAUUGAUGCUACGCAGCAAUUUUAUCGACUGCCGGUAGGUACUACUUUAUCAACGACCCCUAUUGUGGAUUACGUACCUCAGUGA